CGUUGAAUGAUAAUCCAAAUGAGAGUGGAAGCCCAGCUCAAAACUAGGCCCAAACGCUUUCUUCACUAAUCCAUCUCCUCCACUGCAAUGCAAACCCAUCAAUGGCCUUCCUCUUCAAAACCACCCUCAAACCCCAGCACCACCGCAUCCUCCGCCGCACCUUCAUCGCCGCGAAGAUCAAAUGGGUUCGCGACCCCUACCUUGACGAAGCCGUCUCCAAGGAGAAAAACCUCAAGCCCCUCCUCGCCCUCAAAACUCUAAUCCUCUCCGCCCCUUCCAAAACUCUCCCCGCCGCCGUCGCUGCCGUCAACAAACCCCAGUUCCGCCUCCCCACCACCGCUCUCAAUUUCUUCCAUAAAUACCCCUCCGUCUUUCGAAUAUUCCAACCCAAACCCCUCUCCACUCCUCACGUGCGCCUGACGCCCCAAGCCAUAGCCCUCCACAACGAAGAACUCGCCGUCCACGCCUCGCCGGCGCGUCUCCAAGAAGCGGCGGAGCGGCUCGCGAAGUUUCUGAUGUUGGCCGGUGCCCGGAGGCUACCGCUGCGUAUUGUGGAUUGUUUUAGGUUUGACCUUGGUCUUCCUGAUAACUACAUCACUGGCAUUUGCUGUGAUUUUCCUGAGUAUUUUCAAAUCAGCAGUGGAAAUGACCCUGAACUUUUGGAUUUGGAAUUGGUUUCUUGGAGGGAAAAUCUUGCUUGUUCAGUACUGGAAAAGAGGGCAAUGAAUGGGAAUUCGGAUAUUAGGAAAGGAAUGAGAAUUGCAUUUCCAAUGUUCUUUUCAAGAGGAUUUGAUUUGCAGAGGAAGGUGAAGGAUUGGUUGGAUGAUUGGCAAAAUUUGCCUUACAUUUCACCAUAUGAGAACGGGUUUCAUCUGAAUCCGAAUAGUGAUCAGGCGGAGAAGUGGGCAGUGGCAGUUCUUCAUGAGUUGCUUAGUCUUAUGGUGUCAAAGAAGACGGAGAGGGACAAUAUUUUUUGUUUGGGUGAGUAUUUGGGGUUUGGGUCGAGGUUUAAGAAGGCUUUGGUUCGUUAUUCGGGUAUUUUCUAUGUUUCAAAUAAGAUUAGGACCCAAACUGUGGUGCUUAGGGAGGCUUAUAGGAAGGAUUUUUUGCUUGAGAAUCAUCCAUUGAUGGGUAUGCGGCAUCGGUACAUCCACUUGAUGAAUAAAUCAGAGAAAACGAGGUAUCAGAAUGCUGACUUCUUGAAUAAAUCGAAGCAGGAUUGCAAAGGCGAUUGUAAAUUAGAAAAUCAAGCAGUUUCUUGUGGGAGAAGAGUUAGUGGGAUAACAGGAUGAUGAAAGUUGUCAUGCCCCACUCUCCACCCAAUAUGGUGAAGUUGAGUGCUGCAGUGGCGCACACUCGGCACAAAGGCCUCGAUAUUGUUGGGUGAAAGUCCUUCAUAUAUGAUUUUUCAUCAUUCACUCCCAAGGCGAUGUGCUGUCGGGGGGGCAGCGUCCCCGGAUUAGGCUCUGAUACCAUUUUGUCAUGCCCCACUCUUCACCCAAAUUUGGUUGGUAUCAUUUAUAUCUUGUUCAACUAGCAAAGCUAUUUAAAUUAGUUAAGAGUAGUCCCUUAUAACUAAUGGAACCACCCUAAUCCUGAUGGUAGGCUUCAACCCCUGUUGGAACCUCCUUGCUUUCUCCCCUUUCCUCACUGAUUAUGCCCACAACAAAUUUGGACAAUUCAGAAAAGUGAGACUCGUACUCCAACACUGUCAUGGUUCCCUGAAUGAGAUGCUCAAACUCAAUCCUUUUGGCAUGCUUAGCCACUUCCCCAAAAUAUUUAUCUAGAAUUAUUCUCUGAAAUUAAUCCCAAGUCAUUGCAUCUGUAUCAUAUACUCUUUUCAUGGUCUCUCACUAGAAAUCUACUUUAUCUACCAGCAUGUAUGCCACCAAGUUAACCCACCUCUUCUCUGGAAUGGCCAGUCCCUCCUAUAUUCUCCUUCUGCAUCUCAGCCAAUUUUCUGUUACUUCUGCAAUUGGUUCCCCAGUAAAAGAUGGAUAAGGAGUGGGGCGUGACAAAAGUAGUCAGAAGAUUCAAUUUCAAGGGGCUAGCGGAAUGGGAUUAAGUUGUAAAUGCAAUGGAUGAUAGUGAGUGUUGUAGUUAAUAGGGUGAAAACAUUCGGAAAGGAUGGCUUCAAGAUGGGGAGGCUACUGAAGUUUUUGAAUUGGGAAGCCUGACAAAGGCACUUCAAUCGGACAAAGGAGACAAUUCUUGGAACAUUUUCUAGAGGGGGGAGAAGAAAAAAAGAAAUCUGGUGUGAAUUUUAUGAAAGAGCUGAUUAUGUGAUAACUGGGUUAGAUAAUUGAUUAACAACUGAACUUUUAUUUAAGAGCAAUCUGGAUGUUUUUGCUUACACUCUAUGUAGCUUUUUUGAUGAAAGAAAGAUUGCGUGGAGGAUACUUGAAUUGGACAAAGGACACACCUCAUGUAACAUUUUUGUGUGAAACAGAGGCACAAUGCAGGUGAAGAUUAGCUGCAUAAUGAUGUGAUACGUGAGUGAAAUUACUGAUCAACCGCUGAACUUCUAUUUGAUAGCAAUCCAACUAUUUGUUUAUCAUAUAUGCACCUCUUUGGAUUGUAAGGUUCCUACUCUAUAUUAUUUCUUUUCCUUUGAAUAGGAAGAAAUUCUUUAUAAUGCUUUUUCCCCUUAUAUCUUUUGUGAAAAUUUAGAUCUUACUUAUAGACCUAGAGGGGGUUGAUAGGUAAUCUAUUUUUAGCCCAAAUUUUUAUUUUUAAAUUUCUCUUUAAGAAUUAGAGAUAUAGUGAGACAACAAUUUACGUGGAAAACAACCCACAAAGUCUCUCCGAAACUUUAUGUAUGUAAAAACCAUGGGAUCAAAGACUGUAGAGUUAUAGUCCACUAAAUAUGAAGAAAAGGUACAUAGAUUUACUUGACAAGAUUAGAGACCGUAGAGCUAUAGUCAAAGUUAAAUGAGAAAAUGAGAGAUGAAUGAAACAGAAAAAUUAGCCCAUUUUUAAGAAAAUCUGAUGAAAAAUGAUUAGGAAAUCAAGGAGAAAGAAGAUUUUCUUGGUAACGAAACACCCCUAAAUUGGCAUAAAGAGAGAGCACAAGAAGGAUAAAGAAAACGGUUGUAGGUCUCUAUCCUCCUAAUUUGGAAGCAUUUUGGUUUAAAAUGAAAGAAACCCCUAAUCCAACAGCUAAGAAAGGAUCUAACAAAAAAACUGAUCCUAGAACAAGGCACACAUAGAUACUUCGUUGAAAAACCGUUGCCCUAGUCUCCUCAACUCUUUUAAAAAAUAGUUCAAGAGAAAUAAUAAAUUGAAAAACUUGGUUGAUUCAGUUUCAUCCAUCAACAACCUUAACUACAUAUUUUGACCUCUAAGCAAUUUAUACAUCUUGAUCUUCAUUAGGCAAGUAGUCUGAGGAAGAAUUCAGAAAAACUAAGUUAAGAGAUACUCAAGAAUUUUGUCUAGAAUUGUCAACCUAGUUAAACACUCAAAAUCUUCCCCUUUGGCAAUUAUGAGACAAAACCCUUUACAAAGCGAAUAAAUGCAAGCAAGAAAGCCCCACCCACACUCAUAUACAAGGUCACUCACUUACCCGCUUGAUAACAACCAAGGUACUAUAAAACUUACAAUUAAAACUCACAAACAAUUAGUAGUACCAGAUGAAGCUAUUGAAUAUACAUAAUAUAUCAACAAGUAUCUCAGAUCAACAUGUAUAUCCAAAUCCAAAAUAAAAGAAGUGUCUCAUAUUAGCAUGUCUAGCCAAGAAAAGAUGUGGCAAUGAUAUCAACAAAAUCCAAAUUCCAUGCUUUAACAAAAUCAAAAACCACAAUCUCAACUGAAAAUUUUCUAGGAAGUAUGAUAUGGCGUUGGGAGACCUCUUGAAUUUGUAUAAAAACACAUAUCCACCCCCCUCCCCCUUCCCCCCUCCUUAGGUGUAGUUCAUUAUUGAGAUUCACCCUCAAUUGUCAUAUCAUGUUCUCCUCUCUUGGACAUGAUCCUGGAUUGCUGGGGCCCUUCAUCUGACAUCUUAUAGAAGCAAUGGAGGAAUCUCCAAGGGUGUCUUUCUCUAGUAUAUUUUUUCUUUAAGAAAAGGCGUUAGUUUGUUAUUGUCGUCAUCUAAAAGUACACAUCUAUUUGCAAAAUUUGAAGCAAAUCUUGAAAGUUCUAGAGUUCUGAUUUUGUUUCUAUAGUCACAAGCUAUUGUCCAUGGUUCUUGGGUUGUUCAAAUUCUUUCAAUGCUCGUAAGUCUUGGGAAAAUUUGCAUUUUAGUUGGAAUGGUAAGAUAUAUUGAGAAAGGUAGGAAGGGCUGUUCCCCUUUUCCUUUGUCUUGUUUUAUCUAGAAACAGAUGAUUACAAGAGAACUUAUAAGGAUCUGCAAUCUGCAAAUUCCCAAUUUCAGGGAGACUUUGCUACGCUCGAUGCAGACCUGGACUGAGACACUAUGGCAGUAGGAAGAAAUGGAUUCCGUUGGCAGAUCAGGGUGCAGUUGGGAUUGGAUGGUUGAUCCAGCUGCAUGAUUUGAUGAAAUCCGGAAGCAAUGGAGAUCUUGAUGAUGGUUUUGGAUAUAGUGCCCCAUGAAAAGGGCACACCAAAGUAUACACGGUAUAUACAAAAGGCACCCCAGACAAGCGAAAAAGAAAGGAGAAUGCCUAAAACAAGCUCAACCAGUCAACAAAACCUAUCAUUGUCAUCGAAUGAUCGUCUUUGUACACCAUAAUCCAUUUGGAAAAAAAUACACAUGAUAGAUGGCUUAAUGGCUUGGUCUGUCUGUUCGACAUCUUCAAAUGCCGGCCUAUAUUUUUCUAUUUGUAAAAUCCAAAAUAAGUACAAAGUAGCAAUCAUCCAAGUUUUUUCUUUGUUUCUUCUCCCUUGCAAUGAAGAGUGAGUUGGAUUUGAUUGUCCUUUUUGUUCAAUUAUGGGUAAGGUGUUGUGUGGAAGAGCUUUUAAGAAAGGUUCAUUACUAUAAACAAUUUAUUUUUCCUUUUUUUCAAGAUGUGUAUGAAUCAUUUUUGGUUGAAGGAAUCAAAGUGAGGAGAGUGUAUGGAUGUAAA